UUAUCCUGUGCUCCAGGGCUUGGGGUUUGGGAUUUUGGGAUUGCGAGAGUGAGAGCUCGGGUUUUGGGACCAGUCUCACCGAGCUCGGGUUCAGUUGCGGAUCUCGCAACGAACUCAGAGAAUUCUGCGCUUUUCAAGGGAGUAGAACCGAUUGGUGAAUGGCGAACAGCAGUCCGAGCCGGAUUCUACCUUGAGUGAGACCGUUUGGGGUGAAAUAAUUGAAGAAUUGUGCUUGAGUGCUUAGGAUUGUGAAUCGUCUGGCCCAGUCAGUAGAUUUCCACUCGUAAUUCGUGAUUCGGAUAAUUGAGGGUUUUCUGAAACUGCGGAUGUGACUUGGCUGAUCCAGGUGAAAUUUUGAGUUUGCUCGAGAAGAGUGUGAGAAUACAAUGGCGCUAGCAGUGAACCCAUGCAUUGGGGCGUACGUGUUACCGUCAUUCCCUGACCUAGAUCAAGUUUCAGCGCAUCUCGGAGGUGGUAUUGCUACGCAAUCUUCCGGGGGCUUGCAGAGAUGUGGGAAAUUACAUGGGUCUCUGUCAGGUCGGAACAAGCUAGCAGUGACGACGGAGGAAGGGAAAGAAAUAUGGAGGGGAAAACUUCUGCCAGGAGUGACGCAUGCCUCAUCAAGCGGGACUCGCCGGGGUACAAGUCGCUCGCCUCCUCGUGAGAGUCCGGAAAUGAUGAAGGGAAAGUACAGUUAUGACGUGGAAAAUGCCAUCAACAAUCUGACGUCGCUUGCUCCGCGAGGAAGCAUCGCUAAGACUAUGGAGGGGUACAGAAAUAAGCUCACAAUCAAUGAUUUUUCUCUCAUUUUCAGAGAAUUCGCCCAGCGCAGCGACUGGCAGAAAGCGCUUCGUUUGUUUAAGUAUAUGCAGAGGCACCAAUGGUGUAAGCCUAACGAGCAUGUCUAUACAAUUAUGAUAGGAAUCAUGGGUCGAGAAGGAAUGCUGGACAAAGCCUCGGAGCUUUUUGAAGAUAUGCCACUCAACGACGUGGAAUGGAACGUCUACUCAUUCACAGCUCUUAUUAAUGCGUAUGGGCGCAAUGGCCAACACGAAGCAUCGCUCCAUUUGUUAGCCCGGAUGAAACGAGAGAAAGUUACACCCAAUCUAAUAACGUAUAACACUGUCAUCAACGCAUGUGCAAAAGGGGGUCUUGAGUGGGAGGGUCUUUUAGGACUGUUUGCGCAGAUGCGGCACGAAGGUAUUCAACCUGAUAUCAUCACCUACAAUACGCUAUUGAGCGCCUGCAGCAGUCGGGGUCUUGUAGAGGAAGCUGGCAUGGUGUUUCGCACCAUGAACGAAGCAGGUGUGGUACCAGACUCUAUCACGUACAACGCCUUGGUUGAUAUAUAUGGGCAGGCAGAUCGGCAUGAAGGCGUAGGUGAGUUAUUGCGGGAGAUGGAACAGGCUGGUAACGCACCCGAUGUAGUGGCAUACAACAUUUUGAUCGAAGCUUAUGGUAGGGCUGGGAAGUACCGAGCAGCUGCAAAAAUGUUUAAACAGAUGCAGGAGGCUGGAUGCACCCCAGACGUGGUGACAUUUAGCACUCUUCUUGAGGCUUAUGGCAAGCAUGGUUGUUACGAUGAAGUGCGGCUUCUAUUUACAGACAUGAAAGAGAGAGGUACUGAACCUGAUGUUAACACCUAUAAUACACUUAUUCAAGUAUUUGGGCAAGGCGGGUUUUUCCAAGAAUCUAUCAACCUUUUCUGGGAUUUACUGGAUGGGGGCGUGGAGCCGGACAUGUCAACAUAUGCUGGCCUCCUUUACUCUUGUGGAAAAGGAGGACUUCAUAAGGCGGCUAAAAAAAUACAUCGUCACAUGCUGCAAAGCUACGUGACGCCAACUACGGAUGGCUUUACUGGUCUAAUUACAGCUUACGGAAAUGCCGCUCUUUAUUCAGAAGCCACGUAUGCUUUUAACAGCAUGAAGGAGAGUGGUUGCAAACCCGACCUGGAAACCUACAACGCCUUGAUCGGGGCACAUGCAGGUGGAGGUUUGUACUGUGAAGCUGGCAGUGCCUAUUUAACUAUGAUUGAUGAAGGCAUCUCAGCAGAUGUAUCUACAUACAAUUCACUUAUCGAAGCAUUUGGUCGUGGAGGUCUUUUCGACGAUGCCAUAGAGUUCAGUCGAGAUAUGGAAGAGGCUCGCUGUUCACCCAACAGACAUACUUAUGAGGCUUUGAUGGGUGUCUACUGCACAGCUGGAUUGUUCGAUGAAGCGAAAGCUCAAUUUCUGGAUCUUCAAGUCGGGGGUGAAUUGCCUAGUGUUGACUCAUAUUGCCUUCUGUUGUCGGUCUGUGCACGCCGUAACAGGUGGGAUGAUGCGAGCAAGGUUCUGGAGGAAAUGCUGGAACCGAACAUGCCAAGUAUAUAUGGAGUGGUAGGAGGAAUUCUUAAGGGUGAGAUGGAUGACGGUACUAACUGGCAAAGAGUAGAGUAUGCCUUUGACGGUCUUAAAGUAGAUGGUGUGGGUAGUAACUUGAGGUUCUAUAAUGCACUGCUGGAGGCACUUUGGUGCUUAGGACAACGAGAGAGAGCUUGCCGCGUCUUUGCCGAAGCACGAAAGCGAGGGGUGCUUGCAGAGGCUUUCUCCCGGUCAGACUUGAUGUGGGCCAUUGAUGUACAUAGGAUGUCUGUGGGAGCUGCGAUGACUACGCUGAUCGUCUGGUUGGCGGACAUGAAAGCUGAAAUCGACAACAAGUCAACUUUCCCUCCUCUUUUGAGUAUUGUUACAAAAUGGGGUGACAAGGAUCCUAACAGGGAUUUGAAGAGUCUCCCCGCUGCGAGAGCCAUUCUUGGUGGGCUCGCAGCGAUAGGUGCGCCCUUUGACUUUGCAGAAUGGAAUGAAGGACGAAUUAUCACGUGGGCACCAGUACUCCAGAAGUGGUUAGCUGGAGCGCGACCAGAAUUAUUUUUCUCUCUCACCAACGAGCCUUUGUCAGCAAGCUUUUCUCGGAAGACCGCGAACAAGGCAUCAUACUCGGGAAGAAAAAGUCGGAGCCUCUCUUCAACUUCUUGAACUCUGUAAUGUUCCUCACGCAGUUCAACUUUGCAAACAAGUUCCAAGCUUUCUAAUUGUUUGGGACUCAGUUCAGCAGCUACUAGCAAGAUUUUCACGUCCUCAUGUUACGAACAAGAUGGACUUGUGUGAGAUAGUCAUUUAAUAGAAAAUCUAGACCCUCCAAUUCUCUGUCCUGAUUCUAUUAAAAUUCAGUCCCAAAGAAUUGGAACAGGAUUGGAGACUGCUGACAGACCUUGUUGACGGGAAAGGUGAGCCUGUAAGCUCGACUAUGCGCUGAUGGAUGUACUUCGUUUAAUUAAGUACAUCACAGCUGCGUCUUGACUACUGAAACAAAACGAUACCCUCAUUCUUAAUGAAUCAGCUGAUAAUGGUGUGCCCUAAUGACUGUGCACCUGACAAGAAUAGAACUAGAGACUUCCAUCGAAAAUCCUUUCUGAGUAUCUUAAACGUAUGGUUGAAAUUAUGAUGAGGGCUGGUUGUCAGCCGAGGACAACCAAUGUUGAACACUGAAUUUAAUUGAUGACAGUACUUGGUUUGUUCACCAGUAGAGUGAAACUUCAAAUUUA